AUGUCGAACCACAAGAAGAAGGGUGAGAAAAAGGCUCAAGCAAAUGCCAACAAACAGAAUAAACCUCCUCCACCGGAAGAAGAAGAGUUUCCUGAACCUUUAGAAUUGGUUGAUGAUGGAACGAUUUCUGAGCGUGAUUGUGUUGAGUUUAGCAAGCUUCUUCUUGCUUCGAAUAAACCUUUGAACAGAACAGCCAGUCUCUUCUUAGAAACUUUUCAAAAUCGUUUCGUGUUGAGCGUAGGAGUAAGUCUCACUACAUUACAUGAUCUCUUCGAUAGUGUCAGUGAGAAAUGUGAAAAAGUUGUGCAGAUUCGAAUAGUUCUCAUGUUCCUCAUUUAUAAAUCUCGUGAUUUGGAUCCUUUCUUGAAACGAAAGCCAGAUAAAUCUGAUCCUAAGGGUAAGGAUAUCAUUACCGGCCACCCUUUUAUAGAAUUCUUCAUUGGAGGGUAUGAAGAAAAAUCUUCGAAAAGCGAGGUUUACAUGUGUGCAAAAAUUCUAGAACGGAAAGGCUCUGAGCUUGGCCUAAUGACUCCAAUCGAUAUCAUGAAGACUGCUGAGACUGCAAAUUUAGAAUCUGAUGCACCUGCAGCUGUAUCGAUGUCUUUAUUUAUGAAUCGAAUGAGGUGGCCGAUGGGUUAUGAAGAAAGCUUAUACCCUGGCUAUGUUACUGAUUGUGAUGAGAAACCAUUAGUCGAUAUUUCUUCAAUCACUGUCGACGACAUGACACGUAUCUGUGUUAAUUUAUUAUUGAAGAAAACUGAGACGGCUCCUCUUCAAGAUUUAGGAACUUAUGAGCUCUUCUCUUUCAUAGAAGCUACUAAGCACGAAUUAGACCAUAAUCCUAGAGACGAUAACAAUGUGGGCAACUUUGAUGUGGUUGACGUAGAUUACGACGAAGAUGCACCUGUUCAGAAGAAGAAGGAAAAUGAGAGUCCAGAAGAGUUGCUAGCUAGAUGUGAAGCUCAUAUAGGUCAGAAACUAACAUUGGAGCCUCAAACAGUACUAACCGAAACAAAACAAGAGGCAAGUGUAGAGGACCAACAGGAUAUGAUUUCAAUUCAAAAGAUUCUGAAAGGCCAAAGCUUGAGUCCUGUUGAGUUACGCGCUUUAAUGAAGAGGUUCAAGGACUGCAGCGAAGAUGAUCCAUUGCUAGAUAGCUUGAAAAAUCUUGAGGGAAUUGCUCUCAAAAAGUUUGUAGGAGAAAAUGUUAAAAUUGCAAGUGAUAUUGCUUACAAAACUGUCUCCAAAUACCCAGAUUGUCUUAUAACUUAUAUGAAAAUAUUGUCUGAUAUGGAUGUGUCGGUCCAGAACUUGGAAUUGGUACGACGUCUAUAUGAGAAUAUACCCGGUUUGCAACCUGAUCUCUUGAGAGAGUUUGUGUACUCAGUCAUGGACUCUUGUCAGAAAACUAAUGUCUCAUCAUCACAACUUGCCAGGAAUGUCCGUAUGAUAUGUAUGUUCAUGACAUCACUGAUGAAACAUGGCCUGCUCAGAGACAAUACUGUGCUCUCAGGCGUGCAAGCCUUCCUGUUGAAGUUUGGUGAUGUGAAGGAAGCUACACUCCUUUACCAGUAUAUCGUUAAGGAUAUGAAGUCAUUGUUGGACCAGUGA